UAAGUAUUAGCGAACGAACGUUCUUAUUAAAAUAGAUUGGCAUAUUAUUUAUCAAUUUAAGUGUUGUGUUGUUUAAAAAUUUUACCUACUGUUUAUUAGCUUUAAGGCUUUUACAGUAACUUACUCUCAUGUUAUAUUACAUCCAUCAAUACAUUCGUAUUUGAGACGUAUUUAUUAUUAGAACAGAUUUGUGGAUGAUGAGCUUGAUGUAUGCAUGAAUAGUUGAUUUACAAGAAAUGUGAAAACCAUGGACGGUUUUCUAAGAGUAAACAGUGCUAACUUGCCAGAGUCUCCUACCAAUUCGUUUCUGGCUGACGAAGUAGCAUCGAUAUGUCCAUUGAUCACUCCUUCGCCGCCGACAAAUGCUUUGGUCCAUCCUAUGCCAGAACCAGCACCGAACUUCUCGAUCGGUCUCGAAUUGGCAAACAAACUCCACCAUGUCAAAGCUGAUGGAACUUCAGAUGAAGAAAAAGCAGAAUCAGCUUCGUCAAGCUCAUCAGUUCUAGCAGAGCCGGCUUGCGCCCAGUUAUUAAACCACAGGAAUGUUUACCAGCAUAUGGGCAAAGAUGAGGAAAAAGAGGCCGAGGAAAACAUGGGCAAAAGCCAGAAUCUUCAACUGACAUUCAGAAAUCCUCCAGACAAUUAUUUUUUCAUGUCAUGGAAUUGGCCGAUAAUAAGAAAAAUAUCAGGAUGGGCAUUUAUAUCAGGAAUUUUAGCCAUGAUAGCGCUGAUUAUAGCUAUGAUAGUAACAAUGCCAAAAACCUGCAAUCCACCGACAUUCUGGUAUCAAGGAAACUUGCUCUAUGAAAUAUUCCCAGCCAGUUUCUACAGCGCGAAAAGAAAUAUGGAAGGAGAUUUAAUUGGAAUAGCUCUGAAAGCUGAUUACAUACAAAAAUUAGGAGUCAGAGGUGUUCGGCUAAAUUCGAUUUUUGACAAUCCUAAUUAUCCAUAUGAUUUCGACAACGUUACAAGUCUCACUACUAUUGCACCAAUUCUUGGCUCUCUCAGCGAUUUCAACAUGAUGGUGAGACAGUUAAAAGCUCGAAACAUUUCGGUAAUACUCGAUUUACCGCUGUAUCCUUACGUCAAAAGAUUGGUACAUAAAAAAGUAAAUGCAAGAAACGAAACAACUUCUGGAUCCACUGUUGAGUUUUUAAGGAGUGAGCGUAGUCAAGAACUUGAUAUUAUUGAAGAAGCCAUCCUGCAUUGGAUAUCUAACGAUGUAGAAGGUUUUUAUUUAAAAGGACUGGAGAUGUUACAGGAUGAUCCAAAUUUGGUAGAAUCGUUGCAAAGAUGGAAAAAAAUUCUCGGAGAGAAUAGAAUGUUAUUAGUAAGCGAGAAAUUUAUUUCUACAACUAAGCCUCAGAAUUUGAACUUCGUGUUAAACAACGUUGAUUUGGUGGAUAUUAAAAUAGAUAUUAGUGAUGGUGUUAAUUCUGUCAGUAAACAAAUCAGAUCGUUACAAAAUAGCACCUUUUUCUCAAAACCGGGCAUGCCUUGGAUCCAAUGGUCUCUUGGAAAUGUAUAUUCGAAACGUCUAGCAAAUAUAGUACCUUACGGAAAUGGAACAUUAGGAGCUGCAUUACUGCAACUGAUGCUACCUGGAACUCCAUCGAUCUUCUACGGCGAUGAAAUCGGUCUUAAAGAUAUUUCAGAUUCGAAAGGAGAACAAGACGAUAUUAAACAUUUACAUCAACUGACGAUGAUGCCUUGGGAAAAUGAAAAUAUCAACAUACUACCUUGGAUACACGGAGAUUUUAAAGUUACUGGAAAAUACGAUCAAGUAGAUCUAAUCAGUAAAAUGAUGGCUUUAAGAGUAAUAUCUCCAUCGAUCUAUAUGAAUUCGGUUUACAAGGAAGGAGUAAAUAAAGCUAACAUUGAGGUUAAAUAUGCCGAAAAUAAUUUGUUGGUCGUGCAAAGAUGGUAUCCGAGAAGGAAAGCUUACGUGCUGGCUUCCAAUUUGGGUAGUCAACAGUUAAAUAAGGAUUUGUCCACUCUUCUUUACAGCGGGGAAAUUGUUGUAGGUCCCCAGCCCGAUUCGGUGUUAGGUACCCUUUUAUUUAAGGAUGUUUCGCUGUGGCCAGGAGAAUCUGUUAUUCUUGUACUAGUCUAAAUUUAAUUUUUAAGAUCGUGUAAUUUUUUUUAGUUGUUUUUUAGAUUUUAUGAUUAUAUAAAAUGCGUUAACU